AUGUCAUCUGUACAGUCUAUAUUUAAGCAGCUCCUCUUGCUUUUGCCUUUACUCCCUAGACAUAACACAUAUGCUCACAGUAUUUUGUCUCUUGCCACACAGAUCACCAAACUUGUUAAAAGACGUCCCCAAUGCUGCCUCGAUGGCGUUUUGGAAUGUCUUGAUAAUAUUUCAAUCAAUGAGUGUCCCUACAGAAACGCCCUGAAACGAAUCAACGCAAAUUUGAAGAAGCUAAUAUCAUUCAGAGAAGCUAAAUCCAAAGCGAAUGAUGAGGAAACUCCUACCAGUUCGUUAAGCAAAUACAUGAAUACCGUUCCCAUAGAUAGUCAGAAUCUGAAUUCGAAAGGCAAUUUACGGAAACUUAAAUCUAAGAAGAUGACAAAAAAAGCGGUUUCAAAGAAGAAAAAAGUUGUCAGAAAACGUGUAUUUCCUGAGGCCACUGAUGUAAAUUACAUAUAUUCUAAUUAUUUGCAGCAGUGUGACGCGGAUUCCACUCGUCAGGCCGAAGAUGUUGUCCAUGAAUCUUGUCCGAAGAGAAUGAAGUUGCAAACUAACACGGAGUCUGAGAAUACAAUAAAUUCAGACAUACCAUCUCAUCCUAACGAAACAUCCACAGUUUUGACUGACGAAUCCAAACCAAAUAUAGAUUGUUUCACAUCACCUAACGUUCUGGUUGAUUUGAGUGAACAGGAGAAACACGUUGCAUACACUCCGCUUUCUUCAGAAAGGCGAGUAUCGUUUGGAAAGGUAUUUCGUAAGAAAUUUAGUGCAACUCGUUGUAUCUCCUUGACUCCGCCAGUCAGUGUUAUUCCAGCUAAAGGAAUCUUAAGGGGUAACAAGUCAUUUCCUGAAGAGGCCAGAGUCAAUGUUUCAUUUUGA